AUGUGGGACCAACGCAAGCCGCUCCUCGUUCUUGGCGGCGUCGCCAUCGCGACGGCGCUCGCGUGCUACUUUCUCCCCUCGUCUCUCCGUCCAAUCAUCUUCGCCGCCGCCGCCCUAGCCGUCACGCAGCUCCUCUCUUCCCCGUCCUCGGAAGACGACAAAUCCGCAGCGGGUGCCGCCGGCGGAUCUGGGAGGGGCGGGCUCGCACCGCUUCCCCCGCCGGCAAUUCCGCUGAUCAAGUCCAGCUCUUCCCCGCCCCUUGGGUCGCUUCAGGAGAAAUCCGCAUUGGCGGGGGCUCUCGACACGGGCGCCGCGGCUGCGGGCGCUUCCGCGGGCGCGCAGCCGGCGGGGGAAGCGGCUGUUCCGCCAGCAUUUGCAACUACGGCAGCCGCGCCGUCUGCAGCCGCCGCACCGGCAGCUUCUGCGCCAGCAGCAGCAGCCGUUUCUGCGGGGAAGCCAACGGCGGAAGCCGCCGCUGACGGCGGGGAUGCCGCGGGGGAUGGUACGGCUGCGUACCUUGCCUCGCAGGGGAUCUCCCCCGGCGCUAGAGCCAUGGCGGCCGCAAUGAAGGCGAAGGCGACGCGCGCCGCCGCCCGCGCUGCAGCUGCGCCCAUCACGGUCGCGGAAGGCACGGCGGAGGGACCGAAGAGGCCGGAGGGCAUGGUGGUGCUGUACGGGUCGCAGACGGGCAACGCGAUGGAGAUCGCCAAGACCAUCAACGCGGAGGCGCAGCAGCGCGGCCUGCCCUCGCACGUGCACGCGCUCAACGACUACUCACUGGAGAAGCUGCGCGGGGUGGCGGUGGCGGUGGUGGUGGUGUCCAGCACGGGCGACGGCGACCCCCCUGAGAACUGCGACCGCUUCAUCGGCGCGCUGCAGCGCCGCUCGCUCUCGCCCUCGCUGCUCUCGCACCUCAAAUACACUGUCUGCGGGCUGGGAGACAGCAACUACACGCGCUACAUGGCGGUGCCAAGAGUGUUCUCGCGCCGCCUGCCAGAGCUCGGCGCGCAUCUGCUGUGCAAGUGCUGCGAGGCGGACGAGGUGGACGGUCUGGAGGAAGUGGUGGAGGCAUGGACGGGCACCAUAUGGGGCCCCAUUCAGGACGCACUAGCCGCGCCGGCACCACUGCCAUCCGCAGAGGAGGAGGUGGGGCAGAAGGCGGGGCAGGGCGCGCAGGGGCAGGGGCAGGGGCAGCAGGAGGAAGAGGUGAAGCUGGUGGGAGUGCCUCCCCUGCAGGCGUGCCGCGUUCGCCUUGUCUGGCUCGAUGGGGAAAAGCCUGACAUUGACACCGCCACCUCCACUGCUGCUGCUGCUGCUGCAACACCCCCGUUCUCCCACUCCAACCCGCUGCGUGCGCCAGUGGUGGCAGCUCGGUUCCUGUCUGCAGAAUGGUCGGACCGAGUGGUGGUACACGCGGAGGUGGAUGUAUCCACUGCCUUGCACGCCGGGGUGAGCAUAGCCGCGGGCGACAGCGUGGGCGUUGUACCCAGUAACGACGCUGAUAUGGUGGAGCAGCUGCUGGCGAGGCUGGGGGUGGAUGGAGAGAGAGUCUUCUCCCUGGUUGAUGCUGAGAGCACUGAGGGUGGUGCCAGUGCUGUGAAUGCUGGGAGUGGUGCUGUGGCAAGGGCAGUGGCUGCGAGCAGUCGCGACGGGGGCCACAUCCCGGUGCGGUGCACGCUACGCCACGCGCUGCUGCACUGCUGCGACGUCAAGGGCACGCCCAAGAAGGGGCUCCUGCGCAUUCUAGCCGACUACUGCAGCGACCGUAGGGAGCAGCAGCGCCUGCUCUUCCUCUCCUCGCGCGGCGGCAAGGACGCGUAUAAGGAACUGGUCAUGGAGCGCCGGCCGAGUCUGUUAGAGCUGCUGCGGGCGUUCCCGUCAUGCCAGCCGGAUUUGGCUCAUCUGCUGGAUGCGCUUCCGCCGCUCGUUGCUAGGUUCUACUCGCUGUCGUCGUCGCCUCUUGCCUCGGACCCACCGGGUACUUCGGUGUCGUUUGCGUUUAGCCUUGUGCACAUGCCGCUGAAACCGCUCCUGCCAGACCUCGUGCCUGCUACUGCUGGUGCGGUGGGGGAUGGCAGCGACGGUGCUGCUGCUGCUGCGGGUGCUGCUGGGCUGGCAGGGCUGAGGGUGUUUGAAGGCGUGUGCACGUCAUGGCUCGAACAGUCCCUGCCUUUCGCUCCAGACGACAGGCAACGCGUGGCCAGGCGAAAACAGCAGCAGCUGCAGCAAGUGGGAGCAGAGGCAGCAGCAGCAACAGGGACCGACACACCCUGUCUCCCUCCCCCAGUCCCCGCCCUCUCCAUAUUCCCAAAGCCUGGGGGGAGGUUCUCCCACCCCGCAUCACUGUCAUCUCCCCUCAUCAUGAUCGGCCCUGGCACUGGUGUGGCGCCCUUCAGAGGCUUCCUGCAGGAGAGGCGCCGGCUGAUUGCACGGAACAAGGGCGAGGGCGAGGGGGGUGGUGCGGGGGAGAGCUGGCUGUUCUUUGGGUGCAGGAGGGAGGACGAGGACUACCUGUACCGGGAGGACUUUGAAGGGUUUGUGGCGGAUGGCACGCUGUCGCAGCUUGAUGUGGCCUUCUCCCGUGCCGGCAAGGACAAGGUGUACGUGCAGCACAAGAUGCAAGCCAGAGCGGAGGAGCUUGCACCGCUGCUGCUCAACCCAGCCACUUAUGUCUUCAUAUGCGGGGACGGAGCGGGCAUGGUGAAGGAUGUGCAUGCAGCGCUGCAGAGCAUCCUGCAGGCGCAUGGGGGCAUGGCGGCACCGUCCGCUGCUGCACACUUGCAGGACAUGAUGGGCGCUGGGCGGUACGUGCGCGACGUGUGGUCGUGA